CCUCGAUCAUGCAGGCCUUCAACACCAUUUCCUUCAUCUGACCAAUUUCCGCGUCAUACUGGAGUGUCACCAGGGCAUCAAAUGCACCUCCAUCCUCGGCUCGUCCCUCUGGCUGCCGCAGAAUCAGCCUGAGGUGAGAGAUCGGAGCUUCCUGUUUUCGCCCGGAAUGGGGGGGUAUGACUUCCUUAUCUGGGUGCCACUAUUCAUUCGUAACUGCUGCGGCGGGAGGUGGCCUGCGCACAUCCCACUUCGUCUGUCAUUUCUCAGCAUGACUGUUGCAUUCGUUCUUCAAUAGUUCUGCUUCUCUGUGUUGACGUCGGUUUCGAAAACUCCGUCGCUGCGUUUACUGGUCUCUAGCUCGGGCAUUUGACUGCCACGCCUGCUGUUCGGACUCGUCGUCAACGAAAGAACUCUAGCAACAUACGAAAUAUCAUCCUCUCGCCAACUCAGUAUUGACACCGACAUUCUCCUCAGCUUGUUUGGCAGCACGAGAGAAGCUGAUGUUAUUGAAUUUCUGACUGAGAUCAUUGCCUUUGCGUUGGCCGGACGCGCUUCGGGAACCUGAGUUGUGAAAGAGAUGAUAAGAACAUCGAGGGCGAGAUAGUCAUCCGAUUCACUCGAGAGAACUCUCAAGGACUGGCAGAAUCAUGGGUUUAUCAUACAUCUCGCUUCUGUUGAGGCCAGCCCUUCCAGAACACUGUACUCCGAUCACUCCCUUCCUCUUCGAUCUCUCCUCAUACUUUGGACUUUGCAUUCCUACACCAUUAGCGGCAAUAUCUACGCUGCUCGGUACACUGUCGAUCAUUUCAUGGCUAUUUGCACAGAUGCCGCAGAUCUUCAAGAAUUACCAUAUAAAAUCCACAGCAGGCCUAUCGAUAUUCUUUUUGGCAGAAUGGUUAUUGGGCGAUUUGACGAAUCUGCUUGGUGCAUUGUUUACGAAGCAGGCUGCUUGGCAGGUUAUCAUUGCAAGCUACUAUGUGUUUGUGGAUGUUUGUCUUGUCUUACAGUACUUUUGGUACACCCAUGUCGCGAAGUGGGUGUACGCUGAGAGCUUGCAUUCUCCUGCAAGUAGCGAGUUUGAUGACGCAGACAGCGCUAUCAUCAACACCCUAUCUCCUAUCAACACCAAUUUCACCAGCGGACCAGCAUCCCUACUGGAUUCAGAGGAGGAUAUCCAGAAGUCGGCUCGUCCGACCGAGAUUGAAGGACCAAGAUUUUUACAGGUGCAUUAUGGUGAAAAGAACGGGACUCCUCGGGAGGGUACCAAUAUCGACAAGGCCGCUCGGAGCUGGAUGCCUUCACCAUCGCCCCGAACAUUCUUAUACGCUGCGACCCUGUCUUCUCUAGCAUCAACUGUGGUGGCAGCUCCCAUACCGUUCCCCGCAGACCAUCGACAGCACGGAAUCCAUCUUUUGCGCGUCGAAACACCUCUCGAAAUUGCAGGCACUAUCUUGUCCUGGUGUUCUACUCUCUUGUACUUAGGUUCGCGAUUGCCUCAACUGUACAAGAACUGGAAACGACAAUCGACAGCUGGUCUUUCGCCACUUUUGUUCUUCGCCGCAUUCUGUGGAAACUUCUUCUACUCCACAUCGCUCCUGACGAACCCAAAUGCAUGGGACGAUUACGGUCCUUACGGGCACCAUGGCUGGGUGGAUGUCCAAGGCUCACAAAGGUGGGCUUGGGUUGCGAGAGCAGCUCCUUUUUUUCUGGGCGCUGCGGGUUGUCUAAGUAUGGAUGCUAUGAUGGGAGUCCAGUUCAUGAUGUACGGAGAACUCGAGGACAGGCUGGUCAAGGUCAGGGAUAAAGACGGAUUCAGUCACUGGGAGAGAGUCAAUGGCUGGAUGAGAGGAUGGAUACCCAACAUGGCUGGAAAGGAUAGAGUGGUCGAUAUGGCUGAGAGUCAACGACUGCUAGGUGAAAGCGGGCAAAUGGGCAUGAGCAGGAGAAGGAGCAUCCACGCUGAUUAUGGGGCUGUUGGCAGCCAUGAUAUAUGAGUUAUAUACCUGUGAUUGACGUAGAGAGAAUGAACAUAGAACAAUGUGAUGAC